GAGGUCAAUCAGUCCCACUACGGAGCCUCCUCAGUCUCCCACUGUUUCACCGGCUCCAUGUGGUAGCACAACCGCAGCUGCUGUUGCCUCGUCAAUAGACGGUAUUUUUCUUUUUUAGGUUCAUUUUGGGCUCAGCAAUUAAACUGAAGACUUAAGUUGGACUUUUUCUUUCAGAUGUGACCAAGCGUGGAAGAAAAACCAAACUUUUACUUCAGCUUAACUCUGUGGAAUUUGUGUCCUGGUUUUAAACCCUGGGAAAGUUGGCGGUUUUUGCCCGGAUUUGAAGCUCGCGGCUGCUUGCGAACUGGAUAAGCCGGCAGAGCGGAGAGCUGCCCCCACCGACAACAGCCCCCCGGUUCAGCUCAGAGGACUGAGGAGGUUUAGUUUGGACGUAGGGAGCGAUCGCGGCGGACCGUGGAGUGGAGCUAAGCUGCUGCCAUUCAAGGUUGGGGUUGCUACUGCAGAGAUCUGUUAUUUGUGAUUACUGGAUACUCACUGGGAUGGGCAGAGGAUAGAAGUGGAACAUCAAUAACAUUAAAGCUUUAGGAGGGAAUUCCCAACAUUCAUGAGCUACAAAACCCCCAUCCACAUCCUCAAGAUCUGACACUGUGUCUACAGUGACUGUAUGCAUAGUCAUUUAAACGGACUAAUCACUACUGAUUCAUCAAGGUUCAGUACAUCGGGAUGUGUCUUUGAUUGAAUGAGUGUGUUUAUAUUUGGGGGCGUCUUGUGUGUGUGUGUGUGUGUGUGUCCGACUGUGCAGUUGAUCUCUCCAGAGGGGACAUGCCCCUUUAACACCCAAUUACCAAACAAAUGAAUUGUUGCUAUGCCACCCGGGAUGGUGCAUUUGUUAUAUGCUCUCCUCUCUGUCCUGAUUGGCUGUGCGGUCACUUGGAGCCCCACCCCCCACAGCCGUUACCCAUCAUUCCUCUGCAAUGACACGCACUUUGAGCACCUGGCGCUGCACCCUGACCCUGUCUCGGGCCGUGUGUACCUGGGCGCUCGUGACCGCCUUUUCCAGCUGUCCUCCGAUCUGGUGCUGGAGUUCGAGGCAGAGACAGGGCCUGUGACAGACAGUCGUGAAUGCCUGCCCCCCAUUAGUGAGGCCAACUGCCCUAUGGCCCGUCGGACCAGCAACCACAACAAACUCCUGUUGGUGGACCCUUACAGAAAUGAGCUAAUCAGCUGCGGCAGCAUUCACCAGGGAACUUGCCAGAAGCGCAGCUUGGAAAACGUGGGGACAGUGCUUUUCUCAGCUGAGAGGCCAGUGGACACACAGUAUGUGGCGGCCAAUGACCCGGAUGUGUCCACUGUGGGGCUGGUGGUAUUAGCAGGUGGCAGUAAGCAGCCGGUACUGUUUGUUGGUCGUGGCUACACCAGCAGCCAACCGCCCAUCUCCACUCGUAACCUAGCAACCGAGCCGCUCUUUUCAUAUGAGGAAACGGCUAAGCUGGCUGUAGCUGGGCGUCUGUCGGAGUAUGACCAUCAUUUCGUUGCCUCAUUCGCGCACCGCACCCACGUCUACUUCCUGUUCUACCGCAGAGACCUGAAGUUGCCGUCACGUGAAUACCGCACAUAUAUUUCCCGUGUGUGCCUGGAUGACUCUGCUUACUAUUCUUAUGUGGAGGUGCCAUUGAGCUGCCGUUCAGCAGCAGCAAAGAACUACAACCUGCUACAGGCUGUGCGAGUGGGCAGGUCACAGGGAGAUGGGGCAGAGGAGGAGGAGAUCUUGUUGGGGGUUUUCUCCACCCGCUUGACCUCGUCCAGCAAACCUAGCGAGGAGUCAGCCCUUUGUAUGUUCUCCCUGCACGAGCUGGACAGACGCAUAAACGCCACCCGUGACCUCUGCUACACGAAAGAGGGCCGCACAGAUGGGCAUGAGGCGGCCUACAUCGAGUAUGAGGUCAAAUCAAACUGUGCCAAUCUGCCAGAGAACACUCUGAAUGCUUAUCCCUGCGGUUCUGAUCACACCCCUAGUCCUAUGGCCAGCCGGUUGGCAGUGGAGGUUGAGCCUAUACUGGACAGUCCAUCUGCCCGGCUUACUGCAGUGGCUGUGAGUGUGCGGGCGGGGCACACCAUCGCCUUUCUAGGAGACUCCAAGGGAAAUUUACACAAGGUGUUUCUGGGUCCUGAUGGUGAGGUGGAGGAAUAUGCCAUUAUCCCUAUCCAGCCGAACACACCAAUCAGCAGUGAGCUGACUCUUGACCAGUCAGAGGAGUUCCUGUAUAUCAUGACCAGCACUAAGCUGGAGAAAAGGCCUGUAGCAGAGUGUCACGAGCACCUAGACUGUCAGUCCUGUCUCUCGGCUCAUGAUCCAUACUGUGGUUGGUGUGUGCUGGAGGGAAGGUGUGGUCAGCAGGGGAAGUGUGCACGUGGGGAGCAGGCUGAUCAGUGGCUGUGGAGUUUUGAUAUGGAGCAACAUUGUCUGACAGUUCAAGCCCUCACACCAUCCAACAUCAGCAGAGAGGAGAGCAAGAGUAUUUCUCUGUCUAUCCCGGGUCUCCCGAGGCUUCAGGAUGGGGAAUCGUACUCCUGUUUCUUCAAGGACAGCCCAUCCCCAGCCACCGUCACUGAGACUGGGGUCACCUGCCCCUCCCCAGACCCUCAGAGAGUGCCUACUGUGCGCCCUGGCCAAGAUUCUGUAACAGUCAUGCUGUCCUUACGGUUUGGUGAUGUCAUUGUGACCUCUCGGGAAUUCACCUUCUAUGACUGCACUGUUGUAAAGCAACUAUCAGGGAGCACACCUUGUCGUGGUUGCGUGUCCAGCCGCUGGGGCUGUAACUGGUGUGUACAGCAGCAUAUGUGUACCUAUAAGGCUGUGUGCGAGCAAGGGGUCAUCAUUUACAAUGAAAAUUUCAAAGUCCCCACGCCCUCCCCUCCUCUAACCACACCUGCAAAGAUCACAACAACAAUCCCUCCAACCCCAACACACACUUCCCCUACCACCACACAACGGACUGAUCCUCCAACUACAACAACCAUUGCAACCACUACAUCUACUAUUCCAACUACUCAAGCUACAACUACAGCUACAACUACGCCAGAACCAACCAUUUCCACUUCAGCAGUCACAACCCCUGCUCCAACAACAUUACCAACAACCCCUGAGCCGACUGCUGCUCCCACCAGCCCCAUGCUUCCGACCCCUGCGGCCCAGACGUUGGCCACUACCUCUGCAGACUCUACCCUGCCUGUCUUAGAGGAGACAACUUCAGAGGAGAUCUUUCCAGCUGGUGAAACAGAGGCUGAAGCGCUGAGCGAGAGGGCCCUGAUCACUGUAUCCAGUUUGGAUGUCAUCAUGGAUACAGAGCCACCACUUGUCACAACGGUAGGCGAGGAGCUGCAGGUGUUGCCGACAACUGCUGCGGAGGAAUUUCCAUUAUCUGUGGAAAUCUCACCACUGUUGGAACCAAUAACUAGUGCUCCAACCCUUCCCAGCAGCCCCCAGAUUGUAGACGAAUCACCAUCGUUGGCUGAGCCUCCAACUGAAACUCAACCCACAAUGCAUCAGGAGAAUCCUGGGACGGCAGUGGCAGACUCGGAAUCUGACGACGUCUUGCCCUUAUCGCUAACAGAAAGCCCCGUCUUGACAUCUGAACUGCCGAUUCACUCUGAGGACAAAGUGGUCGAAACUGAGACACAGACGCCCCGCCUCCCACCGGAGGAAGUGGAGCCUGAUGUGGAAGAAGUUGCUGUGGCUGAGAACGACACUACCACUUUUUCAGCAACAACGGUCCUGUCAGGGGAUGGAGAAGUAGACCAAGCUGCUCCUGCUUACCCUCGGCUAUUGGAUACGGACUCUGAGUUAGACUACCAGUACGACAUGGGGGACCUUUAUCUACCGGGAGAUGAGGGCUCAUUGGUCAGUUGGGGGUCAUCUGCAUGUCCGUGUGUAGAGAAGGUACAAGGCUCCCCACUGCUGCCUGUGCAGAUGGAGAGGAAGAUCACUCUGUUGGCCCGGAACCUUCAUCUCUACCAGGAGCAAGAUUUGGAGUAUGAGUGUGUGUUAGUGAUUGAGGGACAAACUGUGGUGGUGGAUGCUUAUGUGGAGAAAGACGAGAUGAAUCCCUCCCUCUUUGACAUCACUUGUCAACAUCACCAGUAUUCCUACGCAGCCUUGGUGGAGGAGUACAAUGCCAUGGUUUACGUAAAGAGGAGGGACACCUUUCAUGUGGACAGUGCUAAUGACUUGUAUGUGACAUUGUACAACUGUUCAGUGGGCCGUUCAGACUGCAGUCGAUGUCACACAGCAGAUCAGAAGUACGGGUGUGUGUGGUGUGGAGGGGCUCAGUCGAGCUGUGUGCACAAAGAGUCCUGCUCACAGCACAUUGAAAAAACCUGCCCUGCUCCAGUCAUUCACUUUAUUGAGCCUCUGUCAGGGCUGAUAGAGGGAGGCACCACUCUCACCGUCUCCGGCUCUAACCUGGGCCAGAAGCCUCAAGACAUCCUGAGAUCAGUCAUUGUGGCUGGGGUUUCCUGUAAAGUCAUACCACACCUGUAUGAGAUAUCAUCCAGGAUUGUGUGCACAACAGAAGAGAAUGGCGCGGAAAGCUCAGGUCACGUAUCGGUAGAAGUACCUGGAAUAGGGUUUGGCCUGUCCAGCCAGACGUUCAGCUACCAGAACCCAGAGCUGGAGGCGGUGAGUCCACAGAGGGGGCCACGUGCAGGGGGGACCUCUCUCACCAUCACAGGGAGGAAACUGUUGACUGGCAGAGCCAGUGACAUAAGUGUGCUGCUGGAUGAUGUCCCCUGUCGAAUUGUGUUAGAUGUGCAGGAGGGCAGCAUUGAGUGCAUCACCGGCGCCAGCAACAAAACUGGAGAGCACAGGGUGACAGUACGCUAUGGCAGCAGUGAGCGAAAUCUCCAUGGCAGUGGCUUCUACUACACCUCUGACCCUAACAUCACUCAGGCCAUGCCCUCAAAAAGCUUCCUCAGCGGUGGCCGCUUGAUCUAUGUGGCGGGACACAACUUGGAUGUCGUCCAGGAGCCACGUAUCCGAGUGACUAUGUUUCCCUCAAACUCCAUCUCCCGCAGGAAGAGAGGGAGUAGACGGAGGAGAAGAAAUAGAGGAAGCGUUAUAAACUCAGAGGUCGACCAAGGGUUGCUAUGGAGACACAGGAGGAUCAUUCCAGAACCAGACUGCCCAGAAAACACCUUGUGUUCUGUCAAGGUUUUUGAAGAGCGGUGUGAGGUGAACACUUCCUCCCUCCUCCUGUGCCGGACCCCUGCUGUGGGCCCCCAGGUGAUUGGUGCUGACAUACAGGUGGAGUUUCUUCUGGAUAAUUUGCGCUUCGACUUCAGCUCCAUUAGCCAGUCAUCUUUCACCUAUGAGCUUAACCCAACUCUCCACCCCCUCAACCAUCACGACCCCAGCCAGCCCUUCCGCUACAAACCAGGAUCAGUUAUAUCAGUAGAAGGGGAGAAUCUGGACCUGGCCAUCUUUAAAGAGGAGGUGGUAGCUCUCAUUGGCGAAGGUGUGUGUGCAGUUAAAACUCUGACACGGAACCACCUUUACUGUGAGCCACCCCCCCAGCAGCCCUCCCCCUCUAACAGCCACGGACGCAAGCGGGAGGGAGCUGACGCUCUGCCUGAGUUCACAGUGCAGAUGGGGAAUUUGAACUUCUCUCUGGGUCGGGUGCAGUAUGAUUCCCUCAGUCCGUCCACCUUCCCCAUGGAGGCUCAGAUAGGGGUUGGAGUGGUGGCCUCGCUCGUGGUCCUUAUUGUGGUGAUCAUUGUACUCAUUUACAGGAGGAAGAGUAAGCAAGCUCUGAGGGAUUACAAGAAGGUUCAAAUUCAGCUAGAGAAUCUGGAGACCAGCGUUAGAGACCGCUGCAAGAAAGAGUUUACAGACUUGAUGACUGAAAUGAUGGAUAUGUCGAGUGAUCUCGUGGGAUCAGGGAUUCCAUUUCUGGACUAUAAGAUGUAUGCUGAGCGGAUCUUUUUCCCGGGCCAUCGGGAAUCGCCUCUGCGCAGGGAUCUGGACGUGCAGGACUGUCGGCGGGCCACAGUGGAGCAGGGCCUCGUCCAGCUCUCCAAUCUCCUCAACAGCAAACUCUUCCUUACCAAGUUCAUCCACACGUUGGAGAGCCAGAGGACGUUCUCUCCCCGAGAUCGUGCUUACGUGGCAUCUCUGCUCACAGUAGCUCUGCACGGCAAGCUGGAGUACUUCACCGACAUCCUGAAAACACUGCUUAAUGAUCUCGUUGAGCAGUACGUGGCCAAGAAUCCCAAACUUAUGCUCCGCAGAACUGAGACUGUUGUUGAGAAGCUUCUGACCAACUGGAUGUCUAUAUGCCUCUAUGCUUUCCUGAGGGACUCAGCAGGGGAAUGUCUGUACAUGCUCUUUAGAGCUAUAAAGCACCAGGUGGAUAAAGGCCCUGUGGAUGCAGUGACUGGCAAAGCCAAAUACACGCUCAAUGACAAUCGCCUGCUGAGAGAGGACCUGGAGUACCGCACACUGACUCUGAAUGUGCUGAUGCAAGGAGUGGGACUGAAUGAGACUCAGCCAGUAGCUGCUAAAGUACUGGACUGUGACACUAUAACCCAGGUCAAAGAGAAGAUUCUAGACCAGGUCUAUAAGGGAACCUCAUAUUCCCAUAGACCACACACAGAUUCACUGGACCUGGAAUGGCGGUCAGGUGUGGCAGGUCACCUCAUUCUCUCAGAUGAAGAUCUGACAUCGGUAGUACAGGGCAGCUGGAAACGCCUCAACACACUUCAGCAUUACAAGGUUCCUGAUGGAGCUACAGUGGCUCUUGUGCCACGCCACAGCAAACACAUCCACCAUGACAACCAUGACUAUGUGGCAGGAGAAAAGACACCCAUGCUGGAGGAUGCUGAUGAGGGUGGGGUUAGACUGUGGCACCUAGUGAAGGCCAGUGAAGAACCAGAGCUGCCCAAACACAGACGGGGCAGUUUGAGAGAAAGAGAGAGAGCCAAGGCUAUUCCGGAGAUUUACCUCACACGCCUGCUCUCCAUGAAGGGCACUCUGCAGAAGUUUGUGGAUGACCUGUUCACAGUAAUUUUGAGCACGAGUCGGCCAGUUCCUCUAGCUGUGAAAUACUUUUUUGAUCUGCUGGACGAUCAGGCGGCGCAUCACAGCAUCACGGACGCAGAGACCAUCCACAUAUGGAAAACCAACAGCCUGCCCUUGCGUUUCUGGAUCAACAUUGUGAAGAACCCUCAGUUCAUCUUUGAUGUGCAGGCGUCAGAUAAUGUGGACGCAGUACUGUCAGUCAUCGCCCAGACCUUCAUGGACUCCUGCACUAUCGCUGAGCACAAACUGGGCAGGGACUCCCCCAUCAACAAGCUAUUGUAUGCCAGAGAUAUUCCUCGCUAUAAGCAAAUGGUGGAGAGGUACUAUGCUGACAUCAGACAAACCAUUUCAGCUAGUGAUCAAGAGAUGAACUCUGCUCUGGCUGAGCUCUCCAGGAAUUACUCAGGAGAGCUGAAUUAUCUGGUGGCCCUGCAUGAACUAUACAAGUACAUCAACAAAUAUUAUGACCAGAUCAUUACUGCCUUAGAGGAGGACACCACAGCUCAGAAGAUGCAGCUUGGUUAUCGUCUCCAACAGAUCGCAGCCGCUGUGGAAAACAAAGUGACGGACUUGUAACUGAGAGAUCAUGUAUAGGCAGAACUUUGGAUGAUGGGAGAAAUGGGAUAGUGAAAGAAAAUGGCACACGGAUCGACGGACACACUGUAUGAAGUGACUGCAGAGGAAGGAAUCAUGAAAGGAGGGGAUGGGUUAUGUAGAAUGAACAAAUAAGAUGGAUGUAAAUGAUGGAGCACACAAUGUCACUUUAGAUUUAAAGAGAAGACACAAUGUGUUAGGUGAAUAUACAAGGUUCUUGUCUUUAUCUGAGACGAGAUGGUCACAGAGACUCUGUAUCCCUCUCUGAAUGGAGGAGGAAAUCCAGUACAAGCUGAUGAUCCACUGCGUUCAUCCUUUCGAAGAGAAUAAGCUGCCAGAUUUCACGUGUGGAAAGACAUCCACCACCAUGAGUGAAGUCCCUGCUUGGGGAACAGUGGGUAUAAACAUUUGUGACUACUGGAAUUCUCUUCAAAUUGAAAAGGAGUGGGGUGAUUCCUGUUCGAGCCAAUUAGCUGACUUCUUUCCUUAUUGACUGGUGAAAUUGGAGUUUGCUGGUGAUCAGUUUUGACCCAAAAAGGCAAUCUCUGGGGAGGAAUGACUGGAAAACAUACCUGCUGUUGGAGCAGAGAGCAGUGAGGUCAUCAAAAAGUAUGACCUGCACGGGUCAAAACAAAUUGUACGUGUCAUAAAACAUUUGCUCUUCUGUCUUUCUCUACCUCUUCAUACAUUUCACUGUUUCUUCCAUUACGUUUUUCUUUUUCACUAAUUCUUUUUCCUAGACCACCAAUAUCACAGGUAUACAGAUCACAACCAUCAGUACAGUACUAACAGCAUUUGUACUAAAGCAGUGAAGUGUUUGGCAUUAACUGGUACCAUUUUAUUUUCUCCUGUCUAAAGUCACUGGUAAAGAUUAAGAGAAAUUCCAAGGGUGUAAAAUGUCAAUGUAGAAUAUUCUCAUUGUAGAUUAUUAUUUAUUUGAUUUUAGAGUAUGUAAGCUCGCAUUUUUUUAGCCUUUUUCUUUCACACCUUUCUGUGACAUAUCCGUCCAAGUCAUGAAGAGGAGCUGUUGCUAAAACAACGGCAACAAGUCUACAGGCCAUUGGACAUUCCAGGCAAGAACAUUCAGUGAACUGAGAUCGUUCUCCAAGACAUCUCUAUUCUAGCACUAAAAUUUGAACGUUUUGUCUGAUCCGUCAAGGUACUGAGAGCUCUUGAGUAAGAAUCACUGGAAGGAUGCUUGUAGGACAUGAACCUGACUGAAUUCUCUCUGUAAGAUGUAAUGACUGAAGUGAACUCUGCAUUUGGGCAUAGUUAUGAACUGUGUUCAGACAUUCCUGUAUGUGUUAUGAGAGAAACCGAGCUUGUCACAUAGGUUAAUGUUUUGAAAGUUAUGUUGUGUCAUGUUCAAUUCAUACUUUUUUUUUUUUUUUUUUUAAUUACCCAGAUUGCAAGUGUUCAGUGGGCUUUUGGCAGCCUUCAACAUUUUAAUUUAAAAAAGAGUGGCGGUCAUAAAUAGUUUUUACUGAGGGUGAUUAAUGCCCAUCCUAAAGCAGAUAUAGAAAGGGAGAGAAAACCGAAUCGACCUAAAAGGAGUCUAACAUGUAUGAAGGUGCUGCAGAGGCAUCUAGUAGUGAGACAAAUCUGGUUAAAUGGUACGUUAGAUUAAUGGACCACUCAUACACCUAGUGUUAUGAAUUGUGUGAGAUAAAAUGUGUGCAGAAAUCAUCAGAGGGAAUUAUAAAGGUAUAACUGUUAUUAGGUUGUAUAAAUUCUUAUGUGUAGACUAGAGCAGGCUCGACCCUAAACUGUUUUUUAAUUAUUUCUUUUUUAUAUUUUGUUAAUAUCAUCGUAAAUACUGAUUGUCUCCCACCUGUAGCUUCUUACCAACAGUAUGUGAAAUUUUUUACAAAUUAUAUUGAGAGGUAAUAAAAUAUUCUAAAUCUAA